GGCUUGGGUUGGGUCUUGGCCUUUUUGCGCACUUGCCUGUAAGUGUACGUGCGUACUUGGGUAGAACUUGUGGCUAUAAAGCCACUAGGUGGAAUUCCGAGGCGUGACACUACAAGCGCUUGCCCCACCUGGCACGUUUAACCCCAGCAUCUCGACGAGUGUAUACAGAACAAGCCCAGGCAUGGUGAAAUACGAAGAGGAUUGGUCCUCGGUGACCAAGCUAGUUCGGGCGCUCGUGUUUUUCGGAAAUGCCAUCAUUGCGCUGUGUGGAGUGGCCCUCAUGGCCCUGGCCAUAUGGGUCGUCACUGACCCUUACAAAAUCUACCCGUUCCUGGCCGCCGACAACAACACGGACAUCUUUGCCGCAGCCUGGAUCGCCAUCUUCUGUGGCUUUGCCUUCUUUCUGCUCGGCAUCUUUGGGAUGUACGCCGUGUGGAGGAUGCAGCGGUCUGCCCUGCUAGCGUAUUUCAUCCUCAUGUUAAUCGUGUUCAUCUUCGAAGCAGCAUCAUGCAUCGUGAUCUUCACUCACAGGGACUAUUUGGUGGGCACAAAGAACUUGAUGCUCAAGCAGAUGCUUCGUGAUUACGGCGAGAUUCCUCAACUCACGGACAACUGGAAGGACUUGAUGUCAACGCAAAAAUGCUGUGGGGUGAACGGACCUGAGGACUGGAUCUCCUACACGUCGUCCUUUAGCAAAUACCACAAGCAGGACGAUGCCGACAGCCCAUGGCCCACGAAAUGCUGCGUGAUGAACGAAAAUGACGAAUACCUGUACGGUCGCAUGGGCUGCAUCCUGGGCAAGCCAGAUGCCAUCUUCCAAAAAGGCUGCUAUGGGCACUUUUCAUCGGCUGUUGAUGGCUACACCUUCCCUCUUGCCUGGUUCGGCUUUUCCAUCCUCGUCUUGGUGUUCUUCGUGGAGAUUGGCACCCUAUACCUCUACACGGUGUCGUAAAACACACGUGGGAUGUUCCGGCCUGCACGCAUCAUUCCCAUCCAGGACAGCACAUAUAAGGAUGUUAAAGCGUUGGUCAAAACACUUAUCGAUGUAUGCUUUUGCAAUUCAACCUAGUAUAUGUUAACACCCAUAUAUUGUCUUAUAUUAAAAGUAUUUUUUCAGUCAACGUUUUAUCAUCGUUACUCUAUUAUAUUUGCUCUUUAUAAAGUUGGGAAUAUUUUUUACCAUGAUCCAGGAAAAAUCUCGGUCCAUGUAUUUUGUCCUCUUAAUAUUUCUAUGUCUCCGAUCUGUCCUUAGCAGUUACACAAACGCAUCUAGUUUGUUUUUAUUGUUAUCCUCUUUAAGAGUGUGUUGUGGAACCAGAGGCACAAAUAUAAAUGGAGCCGAUAAUUGUUUUUUUAACCCUUUUAUCUGGCAACAAAACUGACACAUUUUGUACAAGGAGUCAUGUUUGCAUUGAUCACAAUACCUGCGGUCGGAAUGCAAAGAAAAAAAAACACAACUCUGAUAAUGUAUGCACUGUCCUUGAAAUUGAUUGGUCCACACCUGAGACAGCUUUUCUUAGAGCCUAGUCUCACAUGGUGUUGGACCAGAUGACGCCAAAUGGUAUAAAUGGAGCCGUGGUAAUGUACGAGUCAUGUCUUUGAAGUUAAUGGCAGGGUGUGGAAACGAAGAGGACGAGGUCUAAUUGCAAGUUUCUUAGCCAGAACGGUACUUUUGGUUACAACCUUUUGAAUGAACACUGUGUACAUUUUGGAUAAUUAGUGAAGGCAGGGUUAUUUUUGAUGUUAUAUUUAAUCUGCAUUUAUUUUUCAUUUAACUUCUGAAGGCCCAUUCGGAAAAAAAUAUAUCUGCUUGCUUACUUUUUGGA